CCGACUCAGAAAUCAGUUUCCAAGAAUCGGUCAGGUCUUGUUUUUUCUUUUUAACCAAAUCGUCUCUUCUUAUUCAAGUUCUAAAUUCCAGCACUGUUCGGAAAUACUGAGUGAGCUGCAAGUACCAAAUUAAAGGAACAAACAGCUAAACAAGAUGAACCAAAACAACAGCAAUAAUAUCCAGCACCAGCACCAGCACCAGCACCAGCAAUCAACCGAUGGAAGACACGACGAUGACGCAGCUCUCACUGAAUUCCUAUCUUCCUUGAUGGAUUACACUCCCACAAUACCGGACGAAUUAGUGGAGCAUUACUUAGCCAAAAGUGGGUUUCAAUGUCCCGAUGUUCGAUUAAUUAGAUUGGUGGCUGUUGCUACUCAGAAGUUUGUUUCAGAGGUUGCUAGUGAUGCACUUCAGCAAUGCAAAGCUCGCCAAUCAGCAGUUGUCAAAGAUAAGAGGGACAAACAGCAAAAGGAUAAGCGACUAAUCUUGACAAUGGAAGACCUUUCCAAGGCGCUGAAUGAGUAUGGCGUGAAUGUGAAGCACCAAGAGUAUUUUGCAGAUAGUCCAUCAACCGGAAUGGAUCCUGCCUCUAGAGAUGAUUAAUCUAAUCUCCGGUUCACGAGAAGGUUUUCAACAUUCGUUUUUGUCUUAAUAAACAAUUAGACAUCAAGGCUUUAAAGGUGAGCAGGAGAACCCACAGCAUUAUGAAACCAUAUUCCUUACAUGUGUGACUUGAAAAUUUGUGGAGGAUUAAUUUUCUGGAAAUUUACUCUAUCAGACUGUUUCAACUUUCAAUUGGAUUACUAGGAUUCUGAUGACUAUGACCAUUUAUUGGAAUUGACUAUGACCAUUUAUUGGAAUUGUUUUUCUUAAUUUCUAUUUUGUGAACAGUUGAAUUCAAGCUAAGUAAAUGAAUUCCAAGUCAUUUGUUCAGUGAGUCAUUUGAAUUCCAAGUUAAUAUUUUCAUAAGGCCUAGAGGUUGUUUGCUAGUUGUUUAAGGACUCGAAUAAAAAUCAUAAAUGUAAAUUUGUUAUGUUGUAUGCUCGCGAAA